AUGCUCUCGACUCCCACGUGUGUGUGCUACUACACUUCUCGCCUGCUAAGGAGUCCGUCCGAGCGAUCCUUAUUCUCUCCGCUCCCCUCGCAGCUGAUCUCCAGUCGGCUGCGGCCCGAGAGUCUGCUACCUCUAGGACGGCUCGUCUCUAUCACAUCUGAUGGGGACGCCCGGUGGUCUCCGAUGUGUCCCUGCUAUCUAUUUCUUCAACCUGUGGUCGCGAAUCCUAUCUACUGUCGACGAGAUGUCCCACUCCAAUCCGCCCUCGACCCCCUCUGUGCACACCCCUCUCGUGCAGCCACAGACAUGCGACCAUCUGCACAGCACCUAGACACUCUUGCCCUUCUCGCGUCCAGAGAUACGUCCUACCUGCCCAAUGCCUGUAGUGCUGUGUGA